UGCUUCUUCUAACUCAAACAAACAGCCUUAAGUCCUUUACCUAACAACAUUAUAUAUGGCCCCCCAAACUUCCCUCUCAAAGUAUUAGUAAGUUAGUUAUUCUUUCGAGCCCCGGCCAGAGGCCCAAUAAUAAAUAGGCCCAGUCAUCAGUCCAAAGUCAUAAGGUGUUGAAGAUACAGCGCACGAAAUACCUUAAGACCCACACUCAAUCCAUGCCACCGAUAAUAAUCCACCAUGAGAUAUUAUCUGACAGUUCCACGUGUUCACGCUAGGAAGCAGGGGACAUCUCUAACCAUCCCUCAUAUAUAAAGUAUCCGACAUCUGAUCUGACAUAUAUCAUUUAAGUGAUGGGGAAGACAAGCAAAUGGUUUAGGAAUCUUUUGAAAGGGAAGAAAGACAAAGACAAAGAAAAAGAGAAGGAAGAUUGUGGAAAUGGAACAGAAAAUCCAACUACUCCAAUCUCAGCAACACCGAAGGAGAAAAGAAGAUGGAGUUUCAGAAGAUUGUCAGCUUCUAAGGAAGUUCAUGUUGCAGAAUCUAGUGUCGCUUCUUCGGUGACAUUACAAACUGUCACAGAUUCUCAGAAUUAUCAGAGGAAGCAUGUCAUGGAUGUUGCUGCUGCAGAUGGUGUGAUCUUCUUGAAUUCUUGUUUCAAUGGAGGAACUACAAGGAGUAUUGAAGUGGCUGCUGCUAUUAAAAUUCAAUCUGUCUUUAGAUCCUACUUGGCAAGAAAGGCAUUGUGUGCUCUUAGAGGAAUAGUGAUGCUGCAAGCACUAGUAAGAGGUCACUUAGUGAGAAAACAAGCAACUGAAACACUGAGAUGCAUGCAAGCUUUGGUCUUAGCACAAGCAAGAGCUUGUGCUCAAAGGGCUAGAAUGUUAUCAGAAGAAAAGGCUAAUCAAAAGCAUGCAACCUACAGAAAAGCCACAGAGGGCAGCUUAUUCAUGCAUAUGUUUAAUGAAAUAGAAAGAGGCUUAGAAGAGAAUAUAAAGACAGUGGAGAUGGAUGUUUGUGAAUCUAAAGGCAACUCAAGAGGCAGAAACAACACUACAAAUCAUGAACACCAUGGAUUCUCUGAACACAGACUUUCAGCAUAUUAUUCACCAAAUGGUUCAUACUCAAAGAAAGAAAACUACAAAGUAUCACCUACACCAUCCGCACGAACCGACUCAAGUCCAAAAGCAUGCAGUGGAUAUUUGGAGGACGGUUCCUUCACUACAGCACAGAACAGUCCCUAUUACUACUCAGCAGUUUCAAGAGCAGAUGAUUCAAAGCUUCCUUUUUCUUUCACUAGACAACCCUAUGAAGAAUCCAUGGCCAAUGAAUAUCCAUUAUUUCCAAACUACAUGGCUAACACAGAAUCAUCAAGAGCUAAAGUAAGAUCGCAGAGUGCACCGAAGCAAAGACCGGACUCAUAUGAAAGGCAACCGAGUCGGCGAAGAGCUUCUGUGGAAGGAAGAAAUGUUCCAAGACCUGUGAGGAUGUUGAGAUCAUCUUCACAUGUUGGGGCCACUGCACAAAAUUAUCAAUAUCCAUGGUCAGUAAAGCUUGAUAGGACCUCAGCUUCACUCAAUGACAAUGACUGUGGCUCUACAAGUACAGUACUAACAAACUCUAACUAUUGCAGAUCUCUUGUUUCAUAUAAUCCUCAUGGACCCAAGUGACUGACAAAUAACAAUGCACUUUCCAGUAAAACAAAGGGCAGAUCCAUUUUGCAGUAACUGCAACAAAAAGAAAAACUAGAGUUCUUCUGCAGAAUCCUUCUUUUACACUUUAAGCAAUUGGUCCUCACAAAUCUAGAGUUCUUGCAAGGGAUUUAAUUAUAGUUCCAGUUUUUGAUGAGUUUCUUCUAUGAAUUGUGAAUUACCAUGUGAGAAAAACAUAUAAAGGGUUUAUGAACUAAAUCAGUGUCACUUUAAAUUCCUUUUUUACCACUAGACGAAGUGAACAUAAUCGCUAAAAACUCCCGCGCACAAAGUUUAAACUUUGAUGUUGGCGUCAAACCUAGCAAUAUCAACUUUUGUCGGUUGAAAUGACUAUUUUUAUUUAUUUUUCUUACAUUUGUUAUUGUAAAAACUUGUUUGUUUGAAUAUUAUAAAACA